UUUGGAGAAUAAAACCACCACAAAAAUCAGAUCCUCCAAUAAUCAAGUUUCAAAUCAGUCUCCUUCUGGAAAACAGGCCAUCCUGUCACAUCCAACGACCAGCAACAAUAAUAGCAACAACAACAACAACGGAAACAGCAACAGCAACAAGAAUCGUUUUAACGCUGUCAGAUUUGACAGAGCUUGUAAUAGUAAAGGAGGUAUUUUGUUUUUAAUCAAAUCCAACAUUAUGUACGACACUCUUGAACUAGGAUUGAACGACCUAGAACAAAUAGAAAUAGCUGCCAUCACUAUAGAUACUUACCCAGAGCCUACAAACAUUAUAGCAUAUUACAGGAGUCCAACUCAUAAACCCGGAAUGUCUAUCUCGUCGUGGAGAGAUGAGUGGCAUGCCGUCAUUGAUAAGGUCAACAAUAUCAAUCAACUAUUCUUUUUAGGUGAUUUCAAUGCACACCACCCCUGGUGGGGUAGCAAUAAA